UGUAAAGAGCUAUAAAUAACAAUGUUACAGUGCCAGGUCUAACUAAUGGAAUGAAAUGUAAGAGUAAGUCGGCAUGUGAAUUCAAGGUAAACCUACCUGGAUUACACAUUACCUACCUAAGUCUUAUUGUUUUCCCCCAGCUUCGUUUACAAUUUUCCUCUUUUUACCUGUGUAGGAACCGGUGCAUCGUGUAAUCAGUAUGUUGUAGAAUCUACUAUCAUUUCUUCUGCUUUCUGCUAGAAUCGGCAGAUAAACGGUUAGGUUCAUACCACCUGCUUCAGGUGAUAACACAUUUUUGGAAUUUUGUAAACAAAAUAAAAAUUGGAAUAUUGUGAAAACAGAUAUAAACAGGUUGCUUGUUUGAUUGUUUAAUAUUGAAGAUUUUUUUUCGGGGAAAAAAGUGAAGCAGUGAAAGGGAAUUAAUAGCAGAGUUGAGGUAAAACUAAGUGGAAAGGUAAAAAAAGGAAGGAACAUGACAACUGUAAAUAUAUCAAGGCAAUCAGUGAACCAGCCCUGGGGAAUGAAGAUCAGCGGUGGGCGUGAUUUUAGGAUUCCACUUCAAAUUAAAAAGGUAGACCCAAAUUCACCAGCUGCAGGAUACGUCAACAGUGGAGACGGAAUUAAAGCUAUUGGGGGAACCAGCGCAGAUAAUUUGACACAUAUGCAGGCUCAUCAGCUUAUUAAAAGUGCCGGGAACCAUCUACAGCUCACAGUCUUACAGGGCCAUUUCAAGGAAGUAACCGGAAUAAAGCCGAAGGGGCCUAUCAAGUUUUCACCAUGGAGAAACAAGCAGCAAUAAAAGAAAUGAAAUAUCAAAUUAAAUAUAAAAACAAAUGUAAAAUUCUGCAAAAUCAAUCUUCUUUAGAAGUGAAAUUUUUAUCAUCAAAAUAUCAGUUGAGUGUUGAGAGUUUGUGAGAUGGAUACGUACAUUCCAACGUUUAGUUCCCUGGAAAAUAAGAUUAUAAAAGUCUGUAAAAAACCUGCUAGAUCCGUAAAGUAGAAAUGCGCAACUAGCGGUUGAAAUGGAAGUACCUUUUGGUGCAUUCGCGCUUAAGUUUGUCCCGGUUUAUAUUUAUCUUCCUUUUGAGCGGUUCAUUUCGUCGUGAGAGAGCUCAUUCCCUGUUUUGUAUUGUUUUAUAAUUUAUCUAUGUAACCAUGUAUGGAAGAAGUUAAAAACAAAAGUAGAACAUGUAUUUAGAUGUUUUGUUUUAAAAACUUUUACUGUACUGUCUUUAACCUUAUAAUGGACAAGUUGACAUUUAACGCAAUAUGAAACUAACUCAAGAAAUUCAAAACUUGAGUCAGUUAUAUAUUAUGUUCCAACACUUAAAAUAUAGCAUUGUUAGACGAACUUUGUACAUAUAUAUAUAUGUAUUUUUGUACAGUAUUGACUAAAGAUAUUUUUCGCCUGCUUGUUUCACAUUUUUCUUUCGAUAUUUUCCAGUUGGAAGAAUAUAUUACCGAGUUUAAUGUGAAAGUAUCACAUAGCGAAAACCAGUGAUUUCCGUCCUCUGCUGAAAAUAGUUUUAAAUCAACAUUUUUUAUUUUUAUUUUGUUUUUUUUUGUAUAUUAUGGUGACCAUAUAUUAUCAAAAUCAUCGUGUGCAUUAUUUUGUUCCCGCCACGUUGUAUAUUUGGCAUGUUAUGCCAUUUUAUAUAAUUAUAAUAAUUUUGAUGGUGUUUUUUUACCAUUGUAGAAGCUUUAGAUAUAUAUGUAGUGAAUGAUGUUUGUUUAUCAUAUCUAUGUUUGGUAUAAAGUAUACGUUUGAAUUUACAUUUCUAACUGAAAGCAUCUCCUACAAUACCAAAGACUCUUAACUCUGUAAGCUAGGUUACACUUGGGAAGACGGACAAGGGGAACAGAAACGGGCCGUGUCUAUCUUUAUGACGUAAGUUGUCAAGUCGCGUGCCAAUGCGUAGAUCCUUGACCUGUAUAGAUUAAGAGGAUACAAUAAGAAUUUCACAGUAACGUAUUUAUUUACAAAAGAGCACAUGUCAAUUUUUGUGGUUACAUCUAUUGUAAUACAACUUGGUCGCAAUAUCGUACUCUCUUUUUUACAUUAUUCUUUGGUCAGUUUUAGUCCCCUUAUCCGUCUUCUAAGGCCUUAUACACAGAAACCUUCUUUUUUUAUUUUCAAGUUUAAUUAUAAUGUAAAACAAUACCAGAUAAGUUCAAUUACAAAGAUAGAUUUAUUGAAAUAUGUUACAAUGUCUUUUUCUGACAUUUUCGUCUUAGCUGUCUUGUAUCUCCCUACAUUUAUGUAAUUUUCUUUUGGUGUUUCGAAAAGUGAGGUACAAGUCUGCGAUUAUAUCAUUGAUAUAUUGGUAAUAUCUUAAAUGAACAAUUUUCAUCAAAUUUUGUUAAAAUGUUACUUUAUACCAGAAAACAAAACAAAAGAAAUUAGGUUUUAUCUAUAAACAAUUUCAUCACUGGCUCAUGUAAAUUCUAUUGUAGCAAAAAUCCGGAUAUAAACCCUUAAAAAGUCCAUGGAUUUGGGCCCUAAAUUAAUUAAAAAUUGGUCAUGAUAUAAUUUAGUUUUUUUCUCACUAACAUGCUGUAAAGUCAAUGUAAAUGGACGUUAUGUACGAGAAUUAGGAUACGUUUAUUUUGUGCUUUAUGUGUUUAUUUUUACAAUUGCAAGAUAUGUAAAGGGCUGUUCAAAGUUUGUAUUAUGUAUGGAUGGAAACAAAAAGUGAAAUAAAAUUUGAAACCUUU